AUGUAUUUUGUUCUAGUUGAAUCAAUUUUAGAUGGAAAAUUCACUGAUCCUCCGCCAUUAGACUUAAUGACAGCGUUCGAAGUUUCUAAUUGUUUAACGCCAUUGUUGUUUGUACUAUCACCGGGAGCUGAUCCAACCGCAAUGAUACUUAAAUUUUCAGAAAAAAUGGGGUUCGGCAAUCGUUUAACAACAUUGUCACUUGGUCAAGGACAAGGUCCUAUAGCAACUAGACUCAUAAAUGAUGCGUCUAGAAUGGGAAACUGGGUACUGUUACAAAACUGUCAUUUGGCAAAGAGUUGGAUGCUCAAGCUAGAAGGGAUAUGUGAAAAUUUUUCAUUAGAGCAUACACACCCAGAAUUUCGACUGUGGCUAACAUCAUAUCCAGUAGAUUACUUUCCGGUCGUGAUUUUACAAAACAGUGUAAAAAUUACCAAUGAACCUCCUAAAGGCCUUAGAGCAAAUAUGUACAGAUCAUUUUCAACUGAUCCAAUUGUUAAUGAAGAAUUUUUCUAUGGAUGUAAACAAGGAGAUAAGUUUAAGAAGCUAGUAUUUGGUUUAUGUUUCUUUCAUGCACUUGUCCAGGAGCGACGUCAUUUUGGAUCUAUUGGCUGGAAUAGGCCUUACGAAUUCAAUGAAACUGAUCUUAGAAUAAGUGUCUUACAGCUUCAAAAUUUCUUAAAUGAAUACUCUAAUGUUCAAUAUGAUGCGUUACGUUACUUAACUGGAGAAUGCAACUAUGGUGGUCGCGUUACAGAUGAUUGGGAUCGUCGAUGUUUGACUACUUUUCUAAAUAAAUUUUACUCAAAGUCAAUUGUUAAGUACAAAAAUUAUAGAUUUGAUAAAUCUGGAAUUUAUUAUUGCCCAAAUUUAGAAAAAUAUGAAGAGUUUAUAGAAUAUAUAUUAGGAUUACCUUUAAUCACACAUCCAUCUAUAUUUGGUAUGAAUGAGAAUGCUGAUUUAAUAAAAGACCAACAGGAGAGCAAUUCACUCUUAACCUCAUUACUUAGUACUCAAGAUUUAGAAAGCUCCAGUGGUGGAAAAAUUAUUUCUCCAGAACAGCUUGUUGCAAUGUUUGCAGAUGAUACUCUUAAGAGAAUACCACCUCCAUUUGAUACAGUUAUUGCUUUAGAAAAGUUCCCAACAACCUAUAAUCAAUCAUUAAAUACUAAAUGGUACAUGCAUGGUGCUCCAAAUGUAUUUUGGUUGUCGGGAUUUUAUUUUACACAAGCUUUUUUAACAGGAGCACAGCAAAAUUUUGCUCGAAAAUAUAAAAUUCCAAUUGAUAUUUUGACAUUUGAUUACAAAGUAUAA